AUGCGUACGAAGCCUAAGUUAACACAUAUCAGACUGGUACAUCGACACAUUCCCAGCGACACAGCGUGUAUACACAUAUGUGCUCGCACGAACCACGCUGAGACAGCACUGGAAGGCAAAGCAGAUACGUUUUUCGAUUUCGACUUCAAAAUCUUUACAUUUACGUGUUUUGUCACAUUCCUUAUAUAUAUUUUAUCCGGUGUCACUUCUUUCUUUCUUUCUUUCUUUCUCUUUUUCUUUCUUUCUUUCUUUCUUUCUUUCUUUCUGUUUUUUCUUUUUCUUUCUUUCUUACUUUAUUUAUUUCUUUUUGUUUCUUUCUUUCUUCCUUUUGUUCUUCCUUUCUGCCUUUCUUUCUCUUUCUUUCUUUCUUUUUUUCUUUAUUUAUUUAUGUCUUUCUCUCUUGCUUUUUUUUUCUUUCUUUCUCUUUUUUCUUUCUCUCUUUCCUUAUUUCUUUCUUUCUUUAUUUUACUUUAUUUUUUUUAUCUGGUCUAUUAA